ACACUCGCGUGUUUGAAUGAACGAAGGAGCCCACGAGUACCUUCAGGCUCAACUCGAGAAGAGUACGAUAAACGUUGACUAGUAGCUCUGUAAUUUAGCAAAUUAAACGACACAUUGUUAGCAUUUAAUCCAACGUGUACGAUCAAGGAGUGAGAUUUGGUACAGUAGCUACCGUAAGCAAUCCCGGCUCGUGUCGUUUGUUGUGCUUGCAUGUUAGCUAGCUAGCCAAUUCUGCUAUACUUGCUAGUGCCAAACAAUAAACCAGAUAGUUAAUGUUAUCCAGGUAAAUGUGUUUUUUCUAACAGUUAACAAACUAUUAUCCAGGAGUCCUGUAUAUGAUCAAAUAUGUCCGAAGCACAAGACUUGAGAAAGCGCAGUAAGAAACGCUAUGGCGGCGGACACCGGAGUAAGAAGUACAAGGGUUCCCGGGAGCUCGAGGUGGGCAUGCAAGGUGUCCUCAUCACCUGCAAUAUGAACGAGAGGAAAUGCACCGCGGAAGCCUUCAACCUGCUGAACGAAUACGCCGACCAACUCUACGGACCUGAGAAUUUUAAGGAACCCGAGGAGAGCAGUAGUGAGGAAGAGGAUGAUGAAGAUGUGGAGGCGGCUCUGAAGAAGGAGGUGAAGCAGCUCAAAGCGUCGUCGGGGAAACGGCAGCGGCGCUUCCAGGCCAUGGACAGCGGGGCCAACAACGUCAUCUUCAUCAAGACCAAGAACCUCGACCCUGAGAAGCUGGUGCAUCACAUCUUGUCAGACCUCCACAUCACCAAGAAGAACAAGUCACGAGUCAUCCUCAGAAUGCUGCCGGUGAGUGGAACGUGUAAGGCGUUCCAGGAGGACAUGGAUAAGUACCUGAGUGUGUUCUUAGAGCCGUGGUUUAAAGCCCCCAACCAGGGCAGCUACCAGAUCGCCUUCAAGGCCCGGAACAGCUCCCACAACAAGAGGGACGACAUCAUCAAGGCCCUGGCAGGCCUGGUGGGGAAGAUGAAUCCUAAAAACAAGGUUGACCUGACCACCCCUGAGCUCACCAUCAUCGUCGAGGUCAUCAAGAGUGUGUGCUGCGUCAGCGUCGUCAGGGACUACACUCUAUACAGGAAGUACAACCUGCAGGAGGUUGCCAAGGAGGAGGGGCCUAAAGAUGGGAAACAGGGAGAGGUCACCACAAACCAGGAAGAGAUCAAGUCGAACCAGGAAGAGAAGGAUGGGAAACAGGAAGAGAUCAAGUUGAACCAGGAAGAGAAGGAUGGGAAACAGGAAGAGAUCAAGUCGAACCAGGAAGAAAAGGAUGGGAAACAGGAAGAGAUCAAGUCGAACCAGGAAGAAAAGGAUGGGAAACAGGAAGAGAUCAAGUCGAACCAGGAAGAAAAGGAUGGGAAACAGGAAGAGAUCAAGUCGAACCAGGAAGAAAAGGAUGGGAAACAGGAAGAGAUCAAGUCGAACCAGGAAGAGAAGGAUGGGAAACAGGAAGAGAUCAAGUCGAACCAGGAAGAAAAGGAUGGGAAACAGGAAGAGAUCAAGUCGAACCAGGAAGAAAAGGAUGGGAAACAGGAAGAGAUCAAGUCGAACCAGGAAGAAAAGGAUGGGAAACAGGAAGAGAUCAAGUCGAACCAGGAAGAAAAGGAUGGGAAACAGGAAGAGAUCAAGUCGAACCAGGAAGAGAAGGAUGGGAAACAGGAAGAGGGAAAGGAUGCCCCAAAAACAGACAGGGAAGGAAAGGGGGAGGAAGAGAAGUAGAUCCCUGUACCAGGAAGGGAGAGAAGAAGAGGGAGGGGAAUGAGGGAGGAAGUGAAGUAGAUCCCUGUACCAGGAAGGGAGAGAAGAAGAGGGAGGGGAAUGAGAGAGGAAGUGAAAUGGGACUGAUAAACAACUCAAAAGGCAUCUCACAGUGCAGGUGAUGCAGUCAGUGUGUUUUUAUGUAGCUUUACUGUAGAACAGGUCCUAUUCCUGUUGUCCAUUCCAAAUGGAACCCUAAUCCCCAUAUAUGAGUGCACUAUAUAGGGAACAGGAAUA